AAAAAAAAAAAAAAAAUCAAAAGAGCGCCAAAAGAUCACGGUAAAUAAUCAGUAAAAUAAAUUACUUUAAACUAUGGAGAAUAGUAGUUAUUUAUCUAUAUCUGAUAUUUUAGUAACAAAUGAGAAAAUUCCUUGUAAAUUUUUACACGAUUUACCAAAAAUGGGAUUCCUAGAUCCCUCCGCAGCAGAUGAUGACUUAAAAGCUGGAACUAAUGUAGAAAUACCUUUGUGGUUAGCCGAAUCUUUACAUGCUAGACGACCACCUUUAGUGUCAGUGGAAUUGCCUAAAAUUUAUAAGGAUUCCUAUAGAGAGAUAUUAAACGCUGACGCCUGUACUGUAGAUAUGCACAAAUUAAGUCAAUAUUUUUAUGAGUUUGGAUGCUACAUUGCUAAGCAUGAUAUUAAAGGUGAAGUGACAUCUACCCUUAUCAAUACAUUUAGACAAAGGUUCAGAAUGUUGCUGUCUGCCAGUGUUUCCACAGACUCUGUGGGGGCCAUACAACCCUUGUCCGUGAGUGAACGGCUCCAGGCUGCUGAAGCUGCCAGUAUGGAGAGGGCUCUAGCUGGCUGGCUGCAGAGAGGAGACAGUGUACUCACUACUGCUAAUAUGGUUGCCAACCACCGCAAAAGGAAACGGGCUGAAAUGGAAAUGCUGUAGAUAAAUUGUAAAGAUAGUAGCAACAGAUUUAUAUACAUUAUUUUUCUGACCAUCUCAAUUUAUAAUAAUUUAGCUAUUUGUAUUGUUAUUUCAUUUUCCUAAUUAUUCUCAGCCUAACAUUUUCAAGGAUAAACAGAUUAAGUUACAAAUAGAAAUUGAAUAUGUAAUAAAUAUGUAUGUGUGAAUUUGUAAUUUUUGUACAUAAUGCUCAGCAUAGCAUAUAAUACAGUUG